GCGAGAAUUACGUUUGCGCGCGAACUCUAAGUGCGAGGGUCCGCGGAGUGGUAGCGGCUGUUUAUCGUACUGGGUCUUGGGGGACGCGACAAUCCCAGUGGACCCGAUCACCUGCGUGUCCCAUCCAUGGAGGCCUCAGCUCUCAAGCAGCAACAACCCGUGGCGGCCAAGAGCAGGAACCUACCCUGGGUUGAGAAAUACCGACCGCAGAAGCUAAAUGAUCUCAUUUCUCAUCAGGAUAUUCUGAGUACCAUUCAAAAAUUUAUCAGUGAAGACCGCCUGCCACACCUGCUUCUCUAUGGCCCUCCUGGAACAGGAAAGACGUCCACCAUCCUAGCCUGUGCUAAACAGCUCUACAAAGAUAAAGAAUUUGGCUCCAUGGUUUUGGAGCUGAAUGCUUCGGAUGACCGAGGAAUCGAUAUUGUCCGAGGGCCAAUCCUGAGUUUUGCUAGCACAAGGACAAUCUUCAAGAAAGGCUUUAAACUAGUGAUCUUGGAUGAAGCUGAUGCUAUGACUCAAGACGCCCAGAAUGCCCUGAGGAGAGUGAUUGAGAAAUUUACUGAAAACACCCGAUUUUGCCUCAUCUGUAACUAUCUGUCGAAGAUCAUCCCCGCCUUGCAGUCACGGUGUACAAGGUUCCGAUUUGGUCCCCUGACUCCUGAGCUGAUGGUCCCCCGCUUGGAACACGUUGUGGGAGAAGAGAAAGUUGAUAUAAGUGACGACGGCAUGAAAGCGCUUGUAACGCUAUCCAGUGGCGAUAUGAGAAGGGCACUGAACAUUUUGCAGAGCACCAACAUGGCCUUUGGGAAGGUGACCGAGGAGACUGUGUACACCUGCACGGGGCACCCGCUCAAGUCAGACAUUGCCAACAUCCUGGACUGGAUGCUGAAUGAGGACUUUACCACAGCCUAUAGGAAUAUUACGGCUUUGAAAACACUGAAGGGGUUGGCACUGCAGGACAUCCUGACAGAGAUACACUUAUUUGUGCACAGAGUCGACUUUCCAUCUUCAGUUCGAAUACAGUUAUUGACCAAAAUGGCAGACAUCGAGUACAGGCUUUCUCUCGGCACCAAUGAGAAGAUUCAGCUGAGCUCCCUCAUUGCUGCCUUCCAGGUUACCAGAGACCUGAUUGUUGCGCAGGCCUAGAUGCCGGGCCUGCCCACCACACUCUUCU